AUGCCAUUCAAUUUCACGUUUAAUCUACCCCUUCCCGGGAUCACCAAUCCUUUUUCCUCACCUUCACAACCUCAGCCAGACGCUUCAGGCUCGUGCCCACCCGCUCAAACUCCAGACGUUCGUCCGCUCCGCCGCCGGCCCUCAUCUGGUCGGUUUUCAUCGCCGGAACCUCUGAGCAGAAAGAGAGGAUGGGUGCCUGCCACUGCGGAGCCUAGCCUUGCCACCGCCGUCAAUGCUUCCUCCAAUGGGUACCUCGACACCCCUGCAAAGUAUCGCGAAAUGGUAUAUGGGAACGGCAAUGGGAACGAAAUUGAGGAAAUGGCCGCCGCGCUCAUGCUGAUGGCUUUCUCUCUUCAUGUUUUCGUAGACCUCCCGCCUGCCAAGCGUCGUCGUACGCUUGCAGGCACUAUUGUAUCCACCGCUGUGAGCGCUGCCCUCAUCGGGACAGCUGUAGGCCUCACUGUCUAUCGUUUAUGGAGGGAUCGGGGCAGGGAACCCGAGCUGGCACCUCCACCUUACGAACAAGGCAACUGGGUGGAUCCUGAUCCUCGGGAAGGUCAGCCCCCUGUAGCAAUCACCCCUCCGACUCCUCGUGCAAAGAGGAAUCGCCACAUUCCAGCUUCGUCGAGCCGGAAGACGCUCACACGCCAUCGUCGGCCACGUACCCGCGUCCCAGUCACCAUCACACCUUCUCACGAUGUAUCUCCUCCGAGCUUUCAACCACAGCCUGAAUUUAGCUUCAAUGAGGUGGAGGAAGUGGAGGACGUCGUCGAGGACAAGAUGGACUGGAUGGGUGAUCGGCUUGCGCAACUCAUCGAAGAGGGAAAGAAAGCCCUUGGCAAGGAGGUAGUCGUGAUGAGUGACGCGCAGGAAGACGAGGUGGACGAUGGCAGUGGAGCUUGGGAAGAAGAGGCAGGCCCGAGCACGAGCUCUCGGCGAGGGUCAUUCCGUCGCAACAAGCGACCCCAAAACUUAGGCCUCCCCUCUUCGUUUUCUUCGUACAUAUCUCCUCCACCAAGUGUCUCCCCACGUCGGUCACGCUUCGACACACGCAGUUCUCCGGGAUACGUUACAGCUGCGCUGUCCGUCCCUGAUUCAUUCUCUCUCGGACCUCAGCGCGGUGCAUCGGUAGAUUCAAUGCACUCCUACGGAAGCCUCCACGAAGACAAGAGCCAACUACACAGUCCCGAGCUCAGGGACACUAUGGAGCGCGCGCGCGCAGCAUAUCUGCGGAAUAGGUCAUGAAUCUCACUCAGACUCGGAUCCUUCAUCGCUUGUUCUCUUUAUUUUUAUGGUCGUGGAAAUCGAAGGAAAAUCCUCCCAGGUAAAUGGGGUCUACAAUCAUGUUUUUUUGGAAGUCUAUGUUCAGCACUACUUGUUAUUUCUCCAUUGCUUUCUAUUCUAUCAUCGCAUCGCUCUUUAUUCUUCACACUGCCCAGUUGCAUCAUCCUGUUUCAACACUUCUCAUACCUUUCACCAUGUAGCACCUUCUGAUGACUCGUUACGACGAAUAGAGACACGUUCUCUACGUU